CGAUCGGGCUCGACUGCCGUUUAAAUAAACAAGACCACGAAGGAAAACAAGUUGUCAGAUUUGACAGGCUGACUUCUAUUAUUGUUAUACAGUUUACACAAAAUAGAAAAGAUGGGUCGUUUGGCAAGGAAAAGACAUCACAAGGGAGAUAAGCCCAUCAAAGAGAAAUAUCGAACCAAGAGGAAAACGAAGGACUUGGAUGAGAUCCACGACGACAUGCAGCCCGAAAAAUCUCAGAAAUUAAUAAACCAGGAGAAGGACUUUGACAAGCCGGGGGCGGGCCAGUUCUACUGUCUUCACUGUGCAAAGUAUUUCAUAAAUGAGGAUUCCUUGAAGACACAUUUCAGAAGUAAACCCCAUAAGAGAAGGUUAAAAGCACUGUCUGUGGAGCCGUACACUCAGGAGGAGGCCGAUAGAGCAGCAGGAAUAGGGUCAUAUAAAGCUCCAAAGAAGGUCGCCGUGGAAACACAAUCAACAAACAUGGAUACCGACAACACUUAGACAGUGGAUCAGUGAUGUUGGUUAGAAGAGAUGGACAUCAGAUAUUGUAAAAACCACCUGAUGACGUUUAAUGAGACAUUUACUCAAAAGACCACAGGGAAUCUUGGAAUACGUUUGUUUAUUCAUGAUAAUUCGUGUUGGUCAAUGUUUGUACUUCUUAGCUUGUGCCUGAACAUCAGUGAUGAUCUGGAGCAUUUCCAAAUCGAUGUGAAUUAAACCUGAAUAUUAAUGAUUAAAGUCCAGUACGUCGAUUUCCAGUGUCCCCUUUAACACCUGAUCUGUGAUUAUAAUGGUAUAUAUACAGUCUACUCCGGAUAUAUUGAAAUCCAGGACACCGACCAGAAUUGUUCAUCAUACAGUCUACUCCGAAUAUAUUGAAGUCCAGGGGACCAACGGGGAUUAUUCAUUGCAGUCUACUCCGAAUAUGUUGAAGUCCGGUGGACUGACUUGUUCAUUAUAUCCAAUGUUUAGAACCAUAUCUACGUGUAAUAAAUAUGACUGGGG